GCUUAUGGCCAUCCUUGCAUUUUCCACAACGGCUAGUUUUUCAACAGAAUGUGAAUUUUCCAUGUGUGAGAAACUCACUAAUGAUGUAACUGAUGCAUCUGUUAAAUAUGAAUUUGGUUAUCCUUUCUCAAAAACUGUGUUGGAAGUCCCUGUAGAUUGUGAAAAUAUUGAAGAAAAGGUGAAGCUGUCCCUUCCCUUUGAUUUCUCUAAUGCUGCUGAAUUUUAUGUUGCAACAGGAGUUCUUUCUUUCUUGUACGCACUUUCAAUUUUGGUUGUUUAUAUAUGUUUUCACCAGAAUUAUGCAAAUAAUACCAAACUUCCAGUUAUGGAUUUAGUCAUAACUGUUAUCCUCUCUGUAUUCUGGUUAGCAGGAUCCAGUGCAUGGGCUCAAGGUGUAAUUGAUCUCAAAUUUUAUCUGCGUCCUGCUACAAUGUUUACAUUUUUACUUUUGUGUGUAGGCAAACAUGAGCAUGAAUGUCAGGUUCUUGAAAAUGGAUCAUAUGGAACACUUAAUGCUUCUUUGAUCCUUGGUUUUGCUAACUUCUUAUUAUGGGUCUGUAGUAUGUGGUUUGUGUACAAAGAGACUGUUUUGCAUACGCCUGAAGCAUCCCCCGAAACAAAUCAAAAUCAAACUCCGAAAGGUGUUGGAAAAGUGUGAUAUGAUUUUCAGCAUGUGAGAAUUAUGUGACAAUUUAUUAUAAUUUUGCCACUGAAUGACAUUUCUCAGAAUUAUUUUUGCCAUUGAUUAAGCAUUUUGUUAAGAUGUGCUUUAACUGAUUAUCAAAAUUUACUGAAUAACUUAAAUUCGUAGAAAUAAUGAACAGAUUCUUUUAUAUAAAUCUUGUAAUCAUAAUUAAGGAAAGAGGCUACAUAUUUACGGUAGUUUAAAUUGAUUUUUUUUAAAUGCAUUAUGCUGAAUUAUAUGAAUUUUGAUUUGAUCUCAUGGGUUAUAAGGUAGCAGUUAUUAGUCCUGCUAAAAAUUUAAUUAAUUUUUGGUCUGGUCUGUUUUUUCCUAAUCAUUCAUAAUGUGUAAAAAAUUUUAAUUUGUGUUGUUUUUAAAUGUCAGUAUUGUUACUGAUGAUUUCUUCACAUGUAAAGAUUAUUUUUCAAUGAAAUAAUGCCCAAUUGUCAAAAUUAAAAAUCAAGCAAAAAUUUAUUCUUUUAAACAUGUUAUUUUUUUAUCUUUGAUGUAAUCUCGAAGUAAGUUGUAUCUUUUGUUAAUUUGGAAUCACUAUGAAAUGAGAUCUUUGCAUAUUGUAAAUGCACAAAUGCUAUAAAAGUUUAUCUUUUAGUAAGUGUUAAUACAUAAAUAUGUAAGAAAUUUAUAGUCAUCAAUUGUCAUUACAUUUAAAUAGCCAAAGAACAGAGCAGUGUUUAUUACAUGAAUUGAUCAGAAUGCAGUAAAUUUAUGCAAUUAUGUCAAGAACUUUUUUCUCUGUGCCUGAUUUACAAAUGUAAUUUUACAAACCUUCAUAAGUAACUUUCAUUCAGCUUGUAAGAUUAAACAUAAACAUAUCUAUAAACUGUAUACAUAUUUUUGUUAUGCUACAGAAUUAUAACAUUAUUUUUCUGGAACAUUUGUUCUCCUUUAUUUUUAUUCCUUUUGCUAUGUUGUAUCAGUUUUAUUUUUUAAAAAGUAAAUAUUUUUUAUGGGUAAUGAAAGCCAUUUUUCUUAAAUUCAGAGUAAGAAUAAUGAAAGCUAAAAUAACUUGAGAAAUAAAUCACUAGUUCUUAGUAAUGUAAUCUUUGUUGAAAAAUAAAGUAAACAAUUAAUGCCUAUCAUAUCUUUGAAUCAUCUCAGGCUCAUUUAUUUUGUGAUUUAUUUAUGCUAUAAUGUAAAGAUUUUUUUUUUUUUAACUAUUUUAGAGGAAAAGCAUUUUUAGAAGUAAAAUUUUAAACAAGUUCAUAUAAUAGGCCGUAUGCGAGUCUAUUGGAAUUUUGAUUUUUUAUAUGUGCCAUUUAUGUUUUACUGUUCUUUACCUGAAAUUAUUCUUGUUAACUUAAUACCACAUGACGCUGCUAUUAAUCUUUAGUCUUCCUUAAUAUAAUGGGCUCUGUAAUACUUUUUGAGCUCUUGUGAUUGAAUAUUCCUAGUACAAUAUUUAUAUACUUCUUUUAUCAACUAAUUUUUAUCAGCAUCAUAUGUGCAAUGUAUAUAUACCUCAUAUGUAUUUUUUGUUUUAAUCAGCACUAGUCCUUUAAUUGCACUUAGUGAUAUUUAACAUGUAUUAUUUUUUGUUGAAUUAUAUUGUUAUUGGUGAAGGUACCUAAAUUAUUAUUUGUUGAAUAAUAUAUUAAAGAUAUUAAUCAUGCAGUACUUAAUUUUAUUUAGUUGUUGAAACAAUGUUAUAGUCAAGAGGCCAGAUAAAUCCUUGUUAUUUACCAAUAAAAAUAUUUUCAUUAUUCUGGAUUUUGUAAAUAAUAAACUUUCUGUGUUUAUUUUGCCAUAAUAUUAAUGUGCUGUAGAAAAGUCUUAUAAAUCUGGAAAUUUAAAAAAAAAUCUACAAAUCAUACAUCAAGGUACACUGAUUUUGUUGUUAUGUUUAUCUAUCAUUGUUAAUUGUAUUUGUUUGUGAAUUUAUUAUACGUACAUUUUUUGUGUUAUUGCCUUCUUUCUGCUAUUAAUUAAGAAGUAUGAAAUUUUCUGGUAUUUAAAUAUCUUUGCACCUUGAAAUAGGUCAGAAAAAAUUUUAUGCGCAGUAAACAAAUCUAAUUAUGUUUUAUUUUUUCAUUUGUAGAAUAACUUUUGCAUUUUCUUUUAUAUUAAAUCUGUGGUGCAUUUCACCCGUUUAUGUGCCUUGAACUUGUAAAUUUGCCAUGCAAAAUUUUGAGACCAAACUUGCAUGCAUGAUUUAUUCAGUGUAAAAACAGUGUACCUAUGUGUAAAACUUUUGUGUAACACUAUAAUUUCAUGUGUUUUCAGUAGAAGCUUAUCAGAAUAAGAAAUAAGAGCUUGUUAUAAUAUUAAUAUGUGAUGACAGCUAUGCUUUAUAAUUGAUUUUCCCCUAAUAAUUUUUUCCCUUUACAGUUCUUUUUUUUUUUUUUUUUUAUUAUUAUUAUUUUUUUUUUUAACAAUUUCUUUGUUUUGUGAUUGCACUGCCAUAGCAUAUGUUAUGUUGUUACUACCUAUGUUAUAUGUAAUCUUGUGUCAUUGAUAGGGAUGUUUUUUACCCUUGUUUGACAAAUAAAAUAUUGUUACAUAUCUUUUGUCUGAAUUAAAUGGAUAUUGUUUUGAA